UCCCUUUCCACACCCUACUAAACCCUAGAAACAAACUCAUACCCAGAGGAAUGCACCGUUCCCCCAAAACCAUAACCAAACAAGCCCUAAAGAAAGUCCGCGGCUUUUUCUCCACCCCCGCCGCCUCCAUCGCCACCGCCGCCAUGGACGACCUCCAGACCCUCAAGUUCCGCCUCUGCAUAAUCGGCAGCGGCCCGGCGGCCCACACGGCAGCCGUGUACGCGGCCCGCGCGGAGCUGAAGCCGAUCCUGUUCGAGGGGUGGAUGGCGAACGGCGUCGCGCCGGGCGGGCAGCUGACCACCACCACGGACGUGGAGAACUUCCCGGGGUUUCCCGAGGGGAUACUGGGGUUCGAGCUGAUGGACCGGUGCCGGAACCAGUCGGUCCGGUUCGGGACCGAGGUCGUCACGGAGACCGUGAACCGGGUCGAUUUCACGACCCGUCCGUUUAAGGUCUUUACGGAUUCCAAGGCGGUGUUGGCGGAUUCGGUGAUCGUUGCCACCGGGGCCGUGGCGAAGAGGCUGAGUUUUCCAGGCUCCGGUGAAGGUUCGGGUGGGUUCUGGAACAAGGGGAUUUCGGCAUGUGCAGUGUGCGAUGGUGCUGCCCCAAUUUUCCGUAACAAACCGUUGGCUGUAAUCGGCGGUGGUGACUCUGCAAUGGAGGAGGCAAAUUUUCUGACAAAGUUUGGAUCAAAGGUUUACAUCAUUCACCGGAGGAAUGAGUUUAGGGCAUCAAAGAUAAUGCAGAACAGGGCAUUGAGUAACCCUAAGAUCGAAGUUUUGUGGAAUUCGAUGGCAGUGGAGGCGUAUGGAGAACAGGGCAAGGAGGUCUUGGGGGGUUUGAAGGUGAAGAAUUUGUUAACUGAGGAGGUCUCUGAUUUGAAGGUAUCUGGUUUGUUCUUCGCGAUUGGGCAUGAGCCUGCUACCAAGUUCUUGAAUGGGCAGCUCCAACUUGAUUCUGAUGGAUAUGUGGUGACGAAGCCCGGUACGACGGAGACUAGUGUGCACGGAGUUUUUGCUGCAGGAGAUGUUCAGGAUAAGAAGUAUAGGCAAGCUGUUACUGCUGCUGGGACUGGGUGCAUGGCUGCAUUGGAUGCAGAACAUUACUUGCAAGAAAUUGGAUCACAAACGGGAAAGAAUGAUUGAUCGCCCAAGAAUGUGCUAUUCAUAUUAGUAUCAAGGUCCUAUUAUCGAUUAAGUACUCCUCUGGGUUCUAUAGAACUGUUUAAUUAUAACUUUUCGUUGAUAAUUAUGAGUCAUUCUUGGACUUGCCCAUUGAGCUGAUAGAUCAGAAUGCAAAUGUAUCAUGGAUCGUAAAUUGCCAAAAAAAUUCUGCAUUUUCUAUGUACUUUUGUAAUUCUUGAUUGGAUGGUUGGAGAACUUCGAUGUAUUAGCCGUAAUUAGUUUUCGCAUUCUGUUA